UAUAAGUUACGAAGGGCGCUACUGCGCAAGUCCAGCCUGGUUUGCUAGGCCUGGCGUCAUCAAGAUGGCGACUUCCUUGGGUGCAAACACAUACAACCGGCAAAACUGGGAAGAUUCGGAGUUCCCUAUUCUGUGCCAGACAUGCUUAGGAGAUAACCCUUACAUACGGAUGACAAAGGAGAAAUUUGGAAAAGAAUGCAAGAUCUGCCAGCGCCCCUUCACAGUGUUCCGGUGGUGUCCGGGAGCGAGGAUGAGGUUUAAGAAGACGGAGGUUUGUCAGACGUGCAGCAAACUGAAGAACGUCUGUCAGACCUGCCUGCUGGACCUGGAGUAUGGUUUGCCAGUGGAGGUUCGUGAUCGUGCCUUGCAGCUGAAGGACGAUGUCCCCAAGUCUGAUGUCAACAAGGAAUACUAUACUCAGAACAUGGAGAGGGAGAUUGCCAACACAGACGGCUCCAAAGCCGUGGGCACGUUGGGUAAGGCCCAGGCGCCCAGCGACAUGUUGCUGAAGUUGGCACGGACCACGCCGUACUACAAGAGAAACCGUCCCCACAUCUGCUCCUUCUGGGUCAAAGGUGAAUGUAAGAGGGGAGAAGAGUGUCCAUACAGGCACGAGAAGCCAACAGAUCCGGAUGACCCCUUGGCAGACCAGAACAUCAAGGACCGCUACUAUGGGGUCAACGACCCUGUGGCUAACAAACUGCUGAAGAGAUACGACAACAUGCCGUCUCUGAAGCCGCCAGAGGACCGUUCCAUUACAACUCUGUACAUAGGGGGGCUGGGGGAUAAGAUCACUGAACAGGAUCUUAGGGAUCAUUUUUACCAGUUUGGUGAGAUCAGGUCGAUAACGAUGGUUGCUAGGCAACAGUGUGCGUUUAUCCAGUUCACGUCACGGCCGGCGGCGGAGAUGGCAGCGGAGAGAACCUUCAACAAACUCAUCAUCAACGGGCGCCGGCUCAGCGUCAGAUGGGGUCGUUCUCAGGCGCAGGGGAAGGACAAGAAGCUGGAACACUCUGAGCUGGACAUGAGCCUGGCACCGGUGCCGGGGCUACCCGGGGCUCUGCCGCUACCCCCUGGUGAGAUGACAGGGUCAACACCCAACUAUUUCAACCUACCCCCCCAGCCACAACCCCCUCACAGCUCUGGCCAGAUGCUGCCACCCCCUCCACUGGGCAUGCCACCCCCCUUGCCGCCAGGAAUGGCACCACCAGGAAUGCCGCCUCGCGGGUUGAUGCCCGGUUUCAGAGGACCGCCUCCCGGACUCCGGCCGCCCGGCUUCCAGCCGCCUCCCAUGAUGCCGCAGGGCCAGGGUCCGCCGCCACCCAUGCGAGGCCCCGCCCCCAUCCACUACCCCUCGCAGGACCCCCAGCGGAUGGGGUCGCAGGCACAGCAACCUCCAGCACCCACCCAGCCCCCUCCCAAGAACUAGCUCCCAAUAGGAUCACAACAGGGGUUUUUUUGCAGUGUUGUGAGGCUACCGCAAAAAUAAGACUCACCAACUCAAGAUUUAUAGUACUCUGCACAUGACUGUGAUUAUAUAAACAAUUCAGAUGUACCUGGAAACUUCUAGUUAAACUAUCCAGUAUGGCAGGUUGUGCAAGUACCCUGUAAGAUACUGUAAAUGCAUUUAAGUUCGCGGGGAUUUAAUUUCGCGGUAGCGGGAAAAGGGACUUUUCGCGGUGGAUUUAAGU